CACCCGCGCCUGUAGUAUUGUUUUGCUUCCUUUGCGCACGUGAAAAGGAGUCGCCGUCAACCAACGUGGUUGGAUUUUCUGAAUAAAAUACUGAUAUAACUCCACAGUCCAGUGGAGCGGCCACGGCAGUAAACAGCCCCUCACAGCGACAGCAGCAGGCUGCAGCACAGCUCAGAAUCCCUUUUCCUCAGGAAAGUGUGUGUCCCAGCUGUGUCUAAAUACACCUGCCUGUCGCUCCUGCUCCCCGCAGUCCCUGGAUCAACAUGUUUAUAGAGGAUGAGGAUUGGAGUGAUGAACCUGAGGCUGAGGCUCUGACUAAAACUGUUUUCAGCUCUGCUCAAAAGGCCAGCAACAGCAGCGUCACGAUCAAGGGUGUUGGGAAGAAGAGCCUGUUGCGAACCCUUCAGACGCUGGGAUCAGUGCCUGACUGGAGGAGCGAUGCCCCUCCACGGGACAGUGACAGUGAGGCAGAGGCAGAGGCCGUGCCCUCAUCGCACACUAAGAAGAAGAAGAAAAGACGCAAGAGGCAAAAGCAGGUGGAAAUAUCAGCGGAAGAGGCACAAAAUGGUGACUUAGAUGUUGAAAGCAAGGAGGAGAAAACUGUAACACAGAAGAAGAAGAAAGCCAACAAAUCUGGGGCCCAAAAGGUGAAAAACAAAGACAAGACGGAAGCUGGAGAAACUCCAACAUCAGCGUCAGUGGAAGGAGAAGAGACACAGCGACUAAGCAGAAAACAGUGGAAAAACAAGAUGAAGAACAAGAGGAAAUGUAAAAAUAAAUACCGCCACGAAGAACCUGAGGGAGAAGUAAAUCAAGCCGAAACUGCGCGUAAACAAAGCCAAAAAGAUCAACAAAGCGCUGAUUCAAAUAGCAACGGCAUCAACAGUGAACCACAAGCCCGCCAGGCGCCUGCCCUGAGCAACAAAAAGGAGAAGGGACGUAAACCACAGAAAAGAAAACUUGUCGAAGUUUGUGACACAUCAGCCACACUGGACAAAGAAACACUCAGAGAAGUUAAGCAACCGGUUACAAAGGAGAAUAAAACGAAGGGAGACCAACAUGUCAGUAAAAAAAGUGAUGGAGCAAAAGAGGAAGCAGGUGAAGCACGCCAGGGAACAAGCGAUGAGCAGCAGCAGCAGCAGCACCCAGAGCCCGGUAAAAAACUCAGACUGGAGGUGAGCAAAGAGCAGAGUCGCAAAAAAGCGAAGCUGCGGCGGUUGCUCCACAGCCAGGAGCCAAAUAAACAAGAGGCUGGCGCAAAUCAGAAGGACGAGGUGAGGGAGAUCCCCAAAGAGGAAGAGGUUCAGGAAGCCUCAGCAGCAGACCGCUCCUCAUCCCUCAGGAGUCGCAUGGAGCAGCGCUUGGAGGCGGCCCGCUUCCGCUACAUCAACGAGGUUUUGUACACCACCACCAGCAGGGAGGCCAGACGCAUGUUCACACAGGACCCGCAGGCGUUCUGGGUCUACCACAAGGGCUACACAGCACAGGUGCAGAGGUGGCCCGCCAAUCCGGUCGAUGCCAUUAUCUCCUACAUCCGCCAAAAGCCUGUCACUCAGGUGGUCGCAGACUUCGGCUGUGGAGACUGCAAGAUCGCCCGCAGCGUCAAGAACAAAGUGCACUGCUUUGACCUGGCACCUACCUGUGAUCUCGUCACCGUGUGCGACAUGGCCAACGUCCCUCUGGAUGACGGCACCGUGCACAUCGCCGUCUUCUGCCUCUCUCUCAUGGGAACCAACCUGACAGAUUUUUUAGUGGAGGCCAACCGCGUGUUGGUGAUGGGGGGGGUCCUGAAAGUAGCAGAAGUGGCGAGCAGAUUUGACAACGUGCGGAGUUUCCUGACCGCACUGGCGAGUCUUGGAUUCAAGAUGGUGUCCAAGGACACAGAAAACAGUCAUUUCUACGCCUUUGAGUUUGUGAAGACAGGAAAUGCUCCAGAGAACGUAAAGAAAGCGGGCCUGCAGCUGAGGCCGUGUGUUUAUAAGAAACGAUGAAGACAACUUAAAAGGACCUCAUUUGCAAAAUAUCUGUAGAUGCCAUAUUUGCUCCUGUAAAUCAAAAUGUAAAAAGAACUUUGCGUCUUGUGUUCAUGGUGUUUGUUUUAAAGGCGGCAGUUGCACGAUUUUUUGAAGUAUAAAAGUGGGACGCUGCGUUUUCCAACCUGUGUAAUGUCCUUUUUCUCAACAGAAUUAUCGUUUUUAAAAGCUGUUGCAGCGCUGUGGUCUGCAGCCAUGUUGUCACUCAGAGCUUUGUGUGCACAGAGAUCCAUUUCACUAAAGCACUGCUCAGCUUAAUGUCGGUGAUCAGCUCCUCCUCUCAGGGUGAAGUUGAGCUAAUUAGUAAAAUCCACUGAUAUGGCUGGAAUGAAAACAUACACACAGCUCUAUUUGGCAAAUGGGCUGCAGACCACUGUUACUAUACCUUUUUACAUUAAGAGAAAAAUAUUUAAAUGUUUUGCAUAUGUAAAAAAAUAUGCAUUUAAAAAUUAAUGUUGAAAGAUUGAUGGUGGUGGAAAAUAUAUAUAUUUU